AGGGUCCCAGCGCGGGAAGCCAGGGCAUAACUGGGUCCCGGGUAGCUCAUGACUCCUGGGGACACGGGCCUCUCCGGCCUCUGGGUUUGGACGCGGGGCAGCCCAGGCGGAGGCUCAGCAUCCGCAGCCACCCUGGCCACACCCCUUGGGAUGGGCGUCCGACUUUCUCCAGCCUCUUCUGCUGCGGAGAAAUGGGGGCGGCCUGCGUGAGCCUCAACCUACCACUGCCAUGGCCCCAGUCAGCAUCAAUGAGCUGCCUGAGAACAUCCUGCUGGAAGUGUUCUCACACGUGCCUGCCCGGAAGCUGCUGCUGAACUGCCGUCCCGUCUGCAGCCUCUGGCGAGACCUCAUCGAUGUUGUGACCCUCUGGAAGCGCAAGAGUCUACAGGAGGGCUUCAUCACUGAGGACUGGGACCAGCCCGUGGCCGACUGGAAGAUCUUCUACUUCCUGUGCAGCCUCCGCAGGAACCUCCUGCGCAACCCAUGCGCUGAAGAGGAUAUGAGAUCAUGGCGAAUCGAUGCCAAUGGGGGGGACCACUGGAAGGUGGAGAGCCUCCCUGGAGAGCAUGGGACACAUUUUCCUGACCCCAAAGUCAAGAAGUACUUUGUCACAUCCUAUGGCAUGUGCCUCAAGUCCCAGCUGGUGGACCUGGAGGCAGAAGGCUACUGGGCAGAGCUCCUGGAUACAUUUCGGCCCGACAUCGUGGUUAAGGACUGGUUCGCCGCCAGAGCGGACUGUGGCUGCACCUACCGCAUCCGUGUACAGCUGGCCUCAGCCGACUACAUCGUUCUGGCUUCCUUCGAGCCCCCACCUGUGACCAUCGAGCAGUGGAACGAUGCCACGUGGACAGAGGUCUCCCACACCUUCUCCGACUACCCUCCAGGAGUCCGCCGCAUCCUCUUCCAACAUGGAGGCAAGGACACCCAGUUCUGGGCAGGCUGGUAUGGCCCCCGAGUCACCAAUAGCAGCAUUGUUAUCAGCCACAAGACAGCCAGGAACCGGGCUCCCUCCACUGAGACGGUGCAGAGGCCACUCAGCUUCCCAGAGGAGGAAGCUGCCCAAACGCUCCCCUUUCAUCGCCCCAGGCUCUUCUGACAGUCUGUCAUCAGGUGUUCAUCCAUCCUCUGUCCAGGCUGAGCAGCUUGUAGCAGUGAGGGAGCUCCUGCCCCAGUUCCCACCUGGGCUUAUGCUGACUUACUGUCAUGUAGCUCUGAGGUUUUGUUUAAUAAACGUUUUCAGUAAAACUA